AUGGCGGGCCCAAACCUCGAGCUGUUCAAGUUCGGUGUAUACUUGUUCUUCCCUCUAGCUGUGAUGGUACACUAUGGGUCGCCGAGCUGGUAUUCCGAGCAUGUUAUCCCCAUCCGAGAUCAGUUCUGGCCAAAGGAAGAGUCGCUCUACCGACCACCGCGUAACUCGGAAGACCUCAAAUCAGCAUUAGACGAGAUGAAAGCCAAGAGACUAGCCAAGCGAGAAGCGAGGUUGAAGGAGCAAGGAGAGGAGCUUUCUUCGACACCAGCAGCAUCAACACCAGCGCCAGCGACAAGGGCAGCAACAGGCGAGCAACUGCACUCGAAAAUCGCUAGCUUAGUCGAGGACAAGAGGAGUCAGCGACUAGUCUAA